AUGGAAGAGGGUUGUAUUAUACUGGGAGAAGGCCGUUUGACUGUGCGCUCGAUGAUACCGGUUCAAGCACAUACGUUCCAAAAUGUAUUAGCGAAAAAAGAGGAAUGUGCUAAAACUUACAGAUUGAGAUUGGCCAGUACCACCGCACUGGCUUCACUCAACUUUGCAAUUGAGAAACACAAGAUCAAGGUCAUUGAAGCCGAUGGGAGCUAUGUAGAACCAUUUGAGGUGGAUAACUUGGACAUAUAUUCAGGUGAAAGCUACUCAAUUCUAUUCACAACCGAUCAAGAUCCUUCACAAAAUUACUGGAUAUCACUUAGUGUCAUAGGAAGAGAACCAAAAACCCCUCAAGCCCUAACCAUAUUGAAUUACUCCCCUUCUUCGGAUAAACCAAAUACCCCUCAUCUCGCACGGGUGACUUCAUCAUCCAAGCGUCCGUCUUCACCGUGACCGAUUCCGCCAGAAUGGGACGACAAAGAACGUAUGAAAGGUUUCUCCAAACAGAUUUUUGCUCAACAAGACUCUCCAAAUAAACCGCCUGAAAAAUCUAAUCGUCGCAUCAUUCUCCUAAACACACAAAACACAAUUGAUGGAGUUAAUAAAUGGUCCAUAAACAACGUGUCAUUAACCCUACCGGAAACUCCUUACUUGGGAUCUAUUGUAAUAUUUAGUAUAUUUCCUAUUAUGUCCUAGUUUAGGGUUUGUUAUUGUCUAUAUAUAGUCUGUAUAUUGUACACAAC